AAAUACCUGCGAAAUAAUAAUGCCAAAGCGGUUUAGACGAUAAAAACAGUAAACACUUGACGCAAAAAUUACGUACAAAAGUCUACAACAUUUACUCCGAGCUAUUUCACUAUGUUUAGACUAAAAGUAAACGUAUUUCAACCAUUUCUGCAUAUACUAUAUUGUAUGGUAUACCAUGACUCACUUUUUGCAAUAAUUAAACCCAUAACAAAGCUAAAACCUGUCAAAAACGCCACAAAAUACAAAGCUGGGUAAUAAGCGGUUUAAAAUGCGCGCGCUCUUACAAUAAUGACGUCACUUCUCUUUUUGAAAAGUGGGAAAUCGCGAAUCUUGAUUGGUUGAUUUUGUCUAGAGAUAGAAAUAGCAUAUACAAUUUUUUUUACAAAAGUCUGUGUCAAGAAAUAUAUAUAGGAAAUUUUAACAUAUGUGUUGUCCAAAAAUGUAACACACAAACUGUUUCACUAAUAAUUUUACAACUAUAAACAACUUUUACUGCAAAACGCACCUCAUGCACGAACUGCUUUGAUUUGCGCGGCAAAGAUAACUGCAACAGCAUAGUAAAAUUCACGUGUUGUCCUCCAAAUCCAACUUAGCACCAUGCAAGGUACAGAUUUAAAAGAUGCUGCUGAUAUAAUUAGAUUCAACCCACCGCUUUAUAUACAACGCUACAAUAAAGUAUUGGAAAUCCUCUCUACUUUAAAACCAGAAAAGGUAGUAGACUUCGGCUGUGCCGAAUGCAAGUUUAUAAACCUACUGCGACGAGAAGAAUAUGUGAUAGAAAUAUGCGGGGUUGACCUGGAUGGGAAUUUGCUAAGUGAGUCUUCAUUCAAGUUGGAGCCUUUAGCAUCAGACUUCCUUUAUUUAAGGCACAACCCACUUACAAUACGGCUGUAUCAGGGGUCUGUAUCAGAGUUUGACACAAGAUUAAGAAACUUUGAUGCAGUAGUUUGCAUUGAAUUAAUUGAGCACUUGCUGCCAAAAACACUCAAAGACUUUCCUAAAACAGUAUUUAGUUGUAUUCAGCCUAAACAUGUUAUUAUUUCAACACCAAACUCUGAUUUCAAUGUUCAUUUCAACUUGAAUGGCUCUUUUCGACACUGGGAUCACAAAUUUGAGUGGACCAGAGAACAAUUUAAAUCAUGGUGUGAAGGUAUAUGCACCAAAUACCACUAUUCUGUUGUAUUUGAUGGUGUUGGAACAGCCCCUGAAAAUAGACCAAGUUUUGGGCAUUGCAGUCAAUUUGCAAUAUUCACAAAGCUUGAAAGUGACAGAUUCAGUGAUGAACAAAAGGGUGGUGCAGAAAUUUUAAAUCUUGUGGCAGAAAUGGUUUUUCCUUUCCAAGCAAAAGGAGAACAAGUUAAAAAGAAACUGAUUGGUGAUGUUUUAAGGUGUGUGGGCGAAAUUGUAGCUGCUUGUGUUCUGGCCAUGAAACCAAAGGUUUUGGUUGAAUGUGAAGAAGAGGACAAGUUUCUUUGCAGGAAGAAUGAGUAUGCACAAUCAGGGUGGGAUCAAACUAGCAAUAACUUUAACCAGAACUUUACCGAAGUCGAAAUUGGCCAAUUCAGUGAUGCUGAAAGUUCUGAGGAGUGCAUAAAUGAAAGCAAAACAAACUUAUACAAUAUCCCAGCAAUGCCUGUUGCUGUGAUGCCAUAUAACAAAUCCCUUGACUACUUCAAUAGGUUAAGUAUGUGGGCAAGAAGAGAUCACACAAUAAAUCCAAAACAAUUUGAAUCUGUGGAGGAUGACACAGAAAAAGAAGAAGAUUUUUCACACUUUAAUGUUACUCCAGGCCACCCGUUAAAGUUAGGUUCACAUUUACCAUAUACGUUUCAGUUUUAUGAUGGAAAUUUACACAAUUUUCAAACAAAGCACAAGGAGGAUGUAAUUUAUGGCAAUGAAACAUUUACAAGAAUCCCAUUGACAUGUCUAUGCAAACAUUAUCUUCUGAAGCAUUUGAAUGACAUUGUAAUACAAAAGUUGGUAGGGGGAAAAGCAAUUGAUGGUAUUAAUUUAAAUGAAACAGAAGAUUGUUUAAUUGCAGAAAACACCAAGUUUUAUGAUGAUGCAGAGGAGUCUGACUCGAUCAUGUCUACCUCCUUAGAUGACCUUAACUAUCCACACGAGAAUUACCAAGACGGUAAUUUAAAUGAUAUAAACACUUUCAAUGAAAAAAAUUGGGAUAGUGAAUAAAACAGAAGAACUUCUGUAAGCUGUAACCUUAUAAUUUGUGGACAUCAUAUCUAUCUUCAAUAAAAUUAUAAAAAUUAUUUGCAUAGUGACAGCAUGAACAAAAUAAAU